GUACAGCUCCUAAUUGUGCAUGUCUUCAAGUUCUGGGGGCGUUCUGAGGGUUUGUGAAUUUGGGAGACGUGGGGAUUGUGAGGGAGCGUGGAUGUUGAGGGUGAAUUAAGAAUUUAAGAUGAGGGUUUUGUGAGGGAGCUUGGUUGUGGUGGAGUGUGAGAAAUCGGUAAUGGAAUCUGCACGGCAAUGCGUUGCUGUAGUUUUGAGGGCUAGCCAGUUCAGUGGCAGAAGGAUACAAGAGUUUUUAUUGAAUGGAGAUUUCGUUUUUCGUUGACGUCGUCGACGGAGGAAUCUAGAAGAUAGUAGCGGGAGAAUGAGAUGUUCCAUGAUUCAUCAAGGACUCGCGGGACAAGAAUUUCCCCCAACUUCACCAGUUUCAAACCACCUCAUCUCUGCUCUCAGAAACUGGAUCGAAAGUUUCUUAGAUAUUCCUUGAACCAGCAUCUGUAUAUUUGUGGUCUUUACUUCUGGAAGCCGUCCCACGAUCCGCAUUAGUCACCCACUCAGUGACUGAUCACACGCACUCACACCCACAAACACACAGGCCAUUCGACAUCAUGGCAGGAGGCAGCAGCAAUACCGGUUUCUUCAACAACUCCAAACCCGCCAAAGGCACCACUGAGAAGAAGAAGCGCAAAAGACCUUCCAAGAAGGUCCCAACUACAGUGCUCGAUUCGAGCAGUGAGAAUUUCAUGACCUUGGUGCAGAAACUCACAGGAUCAGCUGACGAGGUCGUAGCCGCCAGGGAGGCCGAGAAUCGUCGAGCUAGCGGCGUCACUGAUGCUCCCAACUCCAGGAGCCCAUCUCCAUACGCCUCUCCUUAUUCGUCUCCCUCGGCCCACGCACAGCAUGACUCCGACCCGCAUCUCACAUCGCAUCACACCAGGUCCGAGUCAUACUAUCCACAGUACCAUCAGAGCAGCAGAAUGGCCGGGUAUCAGGAUUUCGUUGACGGCAAUCCAUCUUCUCACGGCAACUACAAUUCCGCUUCAUACUCUAGUUUACACAACACGCCGAGCUAUGAUCACCACCAAGCGACCUCCUCGAGCGGGUACAAUUACAACAGCGGUGGGGGUGGAUAUUUAGGCAGUCAUCAGCCAGAUGACGAUUACAAUCGGCAUUGUAGUGGUAGAUCUCAUGAUACAAGUGAUGAUUACGGCCCCUCCUCUAGCUCGAGGGCGCUGGAGUAUGACAAUUCACCUCACGCAUGGCGAUCAGAUCAAAUGAACCAUUCUUGUGAUUACUGGUACUCGGCCGACCAAGUCGCCACCAUGCGCGCAUGAGAUGCUGUCUGAUAGCGUCCUGUAGUAACCAAAUGUCAUGACUGUUAAAUUGUGUACAGCUAGCGAUUGAUCAACCAAGAGUCGCAUGUGGCAGUCUCAACGACUCUUAGAUUUUUGCGGGAAUUAGCGGAAGUAUGUAUGUAUAACGCCGUACUGAGUCUCAUUGAAAUACGUUUCACUGACAGCUACAACCGUUGUGUUAUGAUGUCUUCUUGUUCUUUAUUUUUAUUUAUUUUUUCGGUGUAGUUUGGUAAA